CCGGGUCAGAGCGCUGCAGUAGGUGCUGCUCUACUUCCGGGUCAGAGCGCUGCUCCACGCGUGUAAAUUGUUGUCUUGUGGAGACUUUCAGCGACUUUAAAGCAUCAGAAUGGCACCUCCUCGCUCCAAGAAGCGGCGGCCGACCUUUCGGCGUCUGCUGAAAACCAGCAGCGUGAAGCUGGACAACAAGAUGAAGAACCGACAGAUGAAGCAGCAGAGCUCGACUAAUAAGCAGCGGAAAGAGCAGAAGAGGAUGCGACAGGCGCUGAAAGGCUCCGCCCACAGCAUGCCCCGCCCACUGGAGACUUACGUGAAGAGAGCAGAGGAAGAGGAAGAGGAGGACUUCCUGGAGACUCUUCCCACCGACAUGAUGGACGACACCGACCUGCAGCAGAUGACCUCCUUCCUCGGCCGGGACUUGUCGUCAUGCGCUCCGGUGCACGGCGCCAAGAAGCGAAGAUCGGACGUCCUUCCCAGUUACGAGAAGGUUCCCAGGAAGAUGAGUCGUGUCCAAGAGAAGGAAGUAGUCCACCUGCUUCCUAUCAAGGACAAGACCGGGGUCAUCCCACAGAGUCUGGAACGAGUGAGGACCAAGCCGCCAGAUGAAGAUGACAAAGAGGAUGAAGAAGAAGCGACACUAGAGGGCGAAAAAGAAGGGGCGGAGCCACAGAUUGUGGCGACACUGACGCAGGAGGAGAGAGCGAGCGUGCGAGCUCAGAAGAUCAGAGAGAGGAGGCUGACAAUCGCCCGACUGGCAUCCACCGUCAUCUCUGACCCCGUCAACAAUAUCAAGUGUGUGAAGCAGCUGCGGGGGAUGCUAAUGGAGGCGGAGUCUUGCGUGGCGGUGACGGUCAGGAAACUGGUGAUGGUGUCGCUGAUGGAGAUCUUCAAAGAUAUUACCCCCACCUACAAGAUACGACCUCUCACCUCUGCAGAGAAAGCCACCAAGGUGAAGAAAGAGACGAAGCAGCUGCGGGAGUUUGAGGAAGGUUUGCUGAGUCAGUACAAGUUCUUCCUGGAGGACUUGGAGCAGACCAUCAAAGACUGGAAGCAGCAGAAGAGGAAACGCAGCCAGAAGGUGGCGCUGGAGUCUUACAGCAGCCUGGCACAGGUGGCUGUCAGGUGUCUGUGCCAGCUGCUGCUCGCCAUGUCACACUUCAACUUCCACAACAACAUCAUGGUGGCCUUGGCGCCGCUCAUGAACGACAAGACCGUAUCCCAGAUGUGCUGCGACGCCUUCGCCGCACUCUUCCACCAGGACAAAGUGGGCGGGGCCUCGCUGGCUGCCGUGCGUGUCAUCUCAGGUCUGGUCAAGAGUCACAACUACAACGUCAGGCCCCAGGUGCUGAGGACGCUGCUGAGUCUGAGGAUCAAGGAAGUGCACGUGAAGAAGGACCUGCACGCCACCGCGCCCAAGAUGAAGAUGAUGACCAACAAGGACAAGAAGAAGAACCUGUCACGCAUGCAGAGGAAGUGGAAGAAAGCUGAAGAGAAGUUGCAACAGGAACUUCUUGAAGCUGAGGCUUUAGACAGCAAAGACAAGAAAAUCCAACUGCACACUGACAUCCUCAACAUGGUCUUCCUCAUCUACUUCCGCAUUCUCAAGAAAGCUCACAAGUCUCUUCUUAUUUCUGCUGUGUUGGAGGGGCUGGCCAAUUUUGCCCACUUGAUUAACUUGGAGUUCUUUGAUGACCUGCUCAAUGUGCUACAGCGCCUCAUCCAAUCAGGAGAUCUGACCAAUCAGGAGAGUCUGCACUGUAUACAGACCGUCUUCACCAUCCUGUCAGGCCAAGGUGACGCUCUCAACAUCGACCCGCUCAACUUUUACUCGCACCUGUACAAGAUGUUACCUCAGCUGCAUGCAGGGGCACACAGUGAUGACAUCAUCACUGUGCUGCGUUGCUUGGACGCCAUGCUGAUCCGCCGCAGGAAACAGGUGACGCUGCAGAGGGCCAUGGCCUUCAUCAAGCGACUGAGCAUGCUCAGUCUGCACGUGCUGCCCAACGCCAGCGUGGGCAUCCUUGCUGCCAACAGAGCUGCCCUGCAUUCGUUUCCAAAGUGUGACUUCCUGCUGGACAACGAGGUUCAAGGCAGUGGGUUCUACCUCCCAGAACUGGACCAACCAGAACACUGCAAUGCUCAGAACACAGCAUUGUGGGAGCUCCACACACUACAGAGACACUUCCAUCCGGUUGUGCGCCAGCUGGCAGUCCACCUGAGUCGUGGUGCUCCCAGUGAAGGCAGCGCAGCGCUCAGCGUGGAAUUGAGUCGCAGGUCGCCAGUGCAGCUGUUUGACGAUUACACCAUGAAGGACAUGACCUUUAACCCCCCCGUGGCACCACCCAGCCACAGGAAGAAGGAUGUUUUCCAGUGGAACACCACGCUGCUCCAUGCUGACUUGCAGGAAAUGAUUGACAGCGUUUUGACUGCCAGCGAGGAGGCGGAGCUUGACUUUACUAGUACACACACAUGCAGCAAACCUACUCAGUGAUGUCAUCAUCGUGUGUGAUGUCAUCAUCUGUGAUGUCAUCAUUGUGUGUGAAUGCAUCCUCUGUGAUAUCAUCGAGUGUGUUUGUGAUGUCAUCAUCGUGUGUGUGUGAUGUCAUUGUCUUUGAUGUCAUCAUCAUCAUCUGUGAUGUCUUCAUUGUGUGUGAUGUCUUCAUUGUGUGUGAAUUCAUCCUCUGUGAUAUCAUCGAGUGUGUGAUGUCAUCAUCGUGUGUGUGAUGUCAUUGUCUUUGAUGUCUUCAUUGUGUGUGAAUUCAUCCUCUGUGAUAUCAUCGAGUGUGUGAUGUCAUUGUCUUUGAUGUCAUCAUUGUGUGUGAUGUCUUCAUUGUGUGUGAAUUCAUCCUCUGUGAUAUCAUCGAGUGUGUGAUGUCAUCAUCGUGUGUGUGAUGUCAUUGUCUUUGAUGUCAUCAUCAUCUGUGAUGUCAUCAUCGUCUGAUAUCGUCUGAGGUGUCAUCAUCGUGUGUGCGUGAUGUCAUCUGAGAUGUCAUUGUGUGUGAUAUAGUCUGUGAUGUCAUCAUUGUGUGCUAUGUCAUCUGCCUUGUAAAAUGUUGAAUAAAACAAAGUGUUUUUGCUUACAACAUAAAUGUCAAUCAAAGCUACCAAGUCCUGUUAAGACUUUUAGAAAGGGUUAACCUCCACUGUCAUUACUACUUUAACUUUAACACACCUACUGUGUGUGUGUGUGUGUGUGUGUGUGUGUGUGUGUGUGUGUGUGUGUGUGUGUGUGUGUGUGUGUGUGUGUGUGUGUGUGUGUGUGUGUGUGUGUGUGUGUGUGUGUGUGUGACUAUCAUUGCUACUUUCACUUUAACACACCUAGUGUGUGUGUGUGACUAUCAUUGCUACUUUAACACACCUAGUGUGUGUGUGUGUGUGAGACUAUCAUUGCUACUUUAACUUUAACUUGAACAUCAUUAAAAACAUAUUUUAACAUACUUAUCAUAUUUAACAUCCAUCCAUCCAUCCAUUUUCUACCGCGUAUUCCCAUUGGGGUCGCGGGGGGGGGCGCUAGAGCCUAUCUCAUAUUUAACAUUAUUUUUAAAAAUUGUUUACAUUCCACACAUUUUCAUCUCCACAAACACAGCUCUGACUUUUAGUCAAAGUGUGUGUGUGUGUGUGUGUGUGUGUGUGUGUGUGUGUGUGUGUGUG